GAUGAGCAGCAGCAGCGGUGCCGGGGGCGCCGCGAGCUACGGCUUCGGGGUCGGCCUCGCCGGUGGCACGAGUACCGCCGUGGCCCAGCAGGGCCAGGGUGUCGCAGCCCUCCUCGUCAUGCUAGCCGUCCUCUGCUUCAUCUUCGCCUACUGCUGCUGGGGAGCCCCGUUCUGUCGCGCCCUGUGCCGGCGGCACUGCUGCUGUCGCCUCGAGGACGGCGACUCGGAGUCCGGCUGCCCGGGCUCCGGCACUACCAGUAAUCCCGAUCAGCCGAUCCUCGCCACGCCGACCAUCAUACUCCUGCCCCACGGCCGGAUGCUCGUCGUCGACGGGACGAUAUUCACCCAAUUCCAGGCGGAGAGCAGCGGACUGGAUUUGGUGGAGCUCGGCGAAAGUGUGAUGCGCGCACAGCGAAACCCCGUAGCCGUGACUCGCCAUCACCAGCACCAGAACAGCCAAGGCAGUAUAAUUGAAAUGGACGCGGAAACACCGAGCAAGGAUAGCAUGGGCUCGCUCGGAUGCUUCCCGCCACCCACGUACGAGAGUAUUUAUGGGAAGGACGAGCGGAGGGAUAUGCCACCGUCCUACUCCGAUAUACUGCUGCACAGAUUGGCGAACUUGCCGUUCGAGAUCGAGCUCCAGGGCUACGGACGCGACAGCAAAGAGGACGUGAUCGAGAUGCGAAGUCUCGAGGACUGUCAUCCAGUGGGCCAAGGCCUUGUCUACCCGGGCUACUCGAGUCACAGUUUACCGCGUAAUCCUUCGCUUAUCACCAACCCCCUUGACAGCUACUACGAGGAGUUGGCGGGUCUGUGCCGAGGCCAGCGGCGGCGUAGCGCCGCCGCCGAGAUGAUGGAGAGACCAAGGAGGACGUCCUGCGGGGCCAGGACCGACGUUGAGGAGUACUCGGACAAUAACGUAGACAAUCGAUUUCGCCACCCUUGGAGUCAAAAUUCCAAGUCACAAAACGACGUAAUGAACUCAAGAAAUAAUGUCAGAAGUGACUCAAGAAGGAACGAGGACUCGAUUGAAAAUCUACCAACGGAAAAUCGAGUUUUCACAAGACCUAAAAGGUCCGAGGAGAGGAUGGAAAACGAAUCGGUCACGAUGUAUCGAGAAAGCCGAAUAUCAAUGGAUGAACAGAACUGGGAUUUCGAUAACCUCGACGUAAGAUACACAAGCGAAGAGAGCGAGACCGAUGGCCGUUUCAACGGACAAAACGGGGAAAGCGAAGAAGCUUCUGCCGAGGAAGAUCCUAAUAAUUUUAAGGCUCUAGCCGAUAUACGUGAGAGUAGGGUUUGAACGAUUUUCAAGGCUCGACGUAUGAUGUUAAGCGAGUUCGUUCGUUUAAUUACGAAUGCGAAUUGUAUGAGGGAUUAACGUAAAGUAGCACGAUCGAUAUAAUUUAUAAAGUUCCAUCGGGGGAUAAUGAUUUCCAUCACACAUUACCAGAACAAUGCAUAUGCGCGGUUUAUCGGACAUUAUUUUUAUAAUGAAUCAAUGACUUUUGCGUUUCCUUUUUAUAUGUGUACAGUAUAUACGACCAAUUAGAUAAUUGUUCAAACCUUAUUUUUUACCAAAAAUGUUAUAGAACAAAAAAAAAAAAAAAAAAGAAUCGCAUAAAUUAUCAAUAAUGGAUGUUAAUAUGGUACGUCCAAAGACUUACCAAUCAAUUCAAGUGCGCAAUGACCGACCAGAAUCCAUAUUUUAGCUUAUUUUUUUAAACGAUGUCAAACAAUAUCAAUAAAAUGGAAUUAAAUUCGGCAGAUCUUCACGGGCUACUCUGGCAAUGAGAGACACCGAUACAUUAUUAUAACAAUAUUACAUUUAACAGAGCGUGUUUAUAGUAUCAUCCGACAGAAACACAAUGAUUAUAUAAUUAUCACAAGCUUAAAGGAUAUUGAAAAAUCUAUGGCACAAAUAUAUCGUUGUAUAUGUAUGUACAUGAAAGUUAAAUAGUAUUUGUGU